CCAGUCAAAGUUUGUAGGCUACAAAAAAAAAAAAUCCUGAAGUUUGCACCUAUAAAUUUAUACCAAGAUAAUUUCAGAAUGUCCAGCAAGGAAGUAAAGACUGCUCUAAAAAGUGCUAGAGAUGCAAUCAGAAACAAAGAAUACAAAGAAGCUUUGAAACAUUGUAAGACAGUGUUAAAACAAGAGAAAAAUAACUAUAAUGCCUGGGUUUUUAUUGGUGUUGCUGCAGCGGAGUUAGAACAACCUGAUCAGGCCCAGGGUGCCUAUAAGAAAGCUGCUGAACUAGAACCAGACCAAUUACUGGCUUGGCAGGGGUUAGCAAGCUUGUAUGAGAAAUGUAAUCACAUAAAUGCUAAGGAUGACUUACCUGGUGUUUACCAGAAGCUCCUGGAUCUUUAUGAAAGUGUUGACAAACAGAAGUGGUGCGAUGUCUGUAAGAAACUUGUGGAUCUAUAUUGCCAAGAAAAGAAACACGUAGAGGUGGCCAGAACAUGGCACAAAUUGAUAAAGACACGGCAGGAGGAAGGUGCAGACAACCACGAGCUUCAUCAGCUAUGGAGGAAAUUGACUCAGUUGCUGGCCGAGAGUACUGAGGAUCAAAAUAAUGAGACCCAGCAAUUGCUUUUAACUGCUUUUGAGAAUGCACUGGACUUAUCAGAUAAGAUUCCUAGUGAGGAUCACCAAGUACUUUAUAGACAUUUCAUUCACUGUUUAUCCAAAUUUCCUCAUGAGACUGCUAGAUUGAAGAAGGCCUGUGAAGGAAUGAUAAACAUCUAUCCCACUGUACAAUAUCCACUAGAAGUGCUUUGUUUGCAUUUAAUUGAAUCAGGCAGUCUUACUGAUGAAGGACAGCAGUAUUGUUGCAGACUAGUGGAAAUGGAUUCCAAAAGUGGUCCAGGCUUCAUUGGUUUAGGCAUUAAAGCAUUACAAGACAAAAAGUAUGAAGAUGCUGUUAGGAACCUAACAGAAGGUUUAAAGGAAAGCCCUCUUUGCACAACUGGAUGGUAUCAUCUGGCAGAAGCCCAAGUUAAAAUGCAUAGACCUAAGGAAGCUGUUCUUUCAUGCAAUCAAGCUCUGAAGAACAUAGAUAAUCUUGGUGUGUCUGGUGGCAGUCUUCAUCAGAAGAAUCUUUGUCUCCGUUUGAAAGCAGAGGCUUUGAUUAAACUCUCAGAUUAUGAAUCUUCAGUGGAAGCAAUUUGUACUCUUGAUCAGGUUUCUGAUGCAAAUAAUAUCCCAGGACUUUUGGUUCUUAAAAGCUUGGCCUAUCUGAACAAAGGCUCAUUAGAUGAAGCUUCAAAGAUUAUGGAAGACCUUCUUUCUUCUUACCCUGACCUAGCUGAAGUUCAUGCCCUGGAGGCUUUGAUUCAUUUUACCAAAAAGGACUAUCUACAAGCAGAGAAAUGUUUUCAGAGAGCUCUUGAGAAAGAUGCUGAAGUUGCUGAAUAUCAUUACCAACUUGGGUUAACAUAUUGGUUCAUGGAUGAAGAAACAAGAAAAGAUAAAACAAAGGCUCUUACCCACUUCCUAAAGGCUGCCAGACUGGAUACAUACAUGGGCAAAGUUUUCUGCUAUUUAGGUCAUUACUACAGAGAUGUGGUAGGAGAUAAAAACAGAGCCCGUGGCUGUUACAGGAAAGCUUUUGAAUUAGAUGAUACUGAUGCUGAAUCUGGAGCUGCGGCAGUUGACUUAAGUGUGGAGCUUGAAGAGAUGGAAACUGCCUUAGCUACCCUAACAACAGUAACUCAAAAGGCAGGUGCUGGAACGGCAAAAUGGGCCUGGCUUAGGCGAGGACUAUACUAUUUGAAAGCUGGUCAGCAUUCUCAAGCUGUGGCUGAUUUACAGGCAGCAUUAAGAGCAGACCCAAAGGACUUCAAUUGUUGGGAGUCAUUAGGAGAGGCAUACUUAAGCAGAGGUGGCUAUACAACAGCCUUGAAAUCCUUCACAAAAGCCAGUGAGCUGAACCCAGAAUCCACAUACAGUGUGUUUAAGGUUGCAGCAAUACAGCAAAUCCUAGGCAAAUAUAAGGAGGCGAUAGCUCAAUACCAGCUGAUCAUUAAAAAGAAAGAAGACUAUGUGCCGGCUUUAAAAGGUUUGGGUGAAUGCCAUCUCAUGAUGGCAAAAGCGGCUCUAGUCGAUUAUCUUGAUGGGAAAGCUGUAGACUACAUAGAAAAAGCACUGGAAUAUUUUACUUGGGCUCUGCAGCGCCAAGCUGAUGUGUCUUGCCUUUGGAAGCUAGUUGGGGAUGCUUGUACCAGUCUGUAUGCUGUCUCACCAUCUAAAGUGAACGUUAAGGUUUUAGGAAUCCUUCUAGGUCAGAAAGAAGGAAAACAAGUAUUAAAGAAGAAUGAGCUUCUCCAUCUUGGAGGAAGGUGUUAUGGUCGUGCGUUAAAACUGAUGUCUACAUCUAAUACAUGGUGUGAUCUUGGAAUUAAUUAUUAUCGCCAAGCACAACAUCUAGCAGAAACAGGCAACAAUACAAAUGAUCUUAAAGAGUUGUUGGAGAAAUCUUUACAUUGUCUGAAAAAGGCAGUGAGACUUGACAGUAAAAAUCACUUAUACUGGAAUGCUCUUGGUGUGGUUUCAUGUCACAAUGGUAUUGGAAAUUACGCCCUUGCUCAACACUGUUUCAUCAAGUCUAUCCAAUCGGAACAAAUUAAUGCUGUUGCAUGGACCAACUUAGGAGUGUUAUACCUUGCAAAUGAAAACAUUGAGCAAGCUCAUGAAGCUUUCAAAAUGGCUCAGUCUCUUGAUCCGUCUUAUUUAAUGUGCUGGAUUGGACAACCAAAAUUGUUUUUAAUAUUAAAAGUAAGUUAUGUUUCGCUUCUUAGUUCCAUUGGUGAAUAUGAUAAAGCUAUCCAGGCUUUUAAGUCAACACCCCUUGAAGAGUUAGAAGACAUCAUAGGUUUUGCAUUGGCUUUAUUUAUGAAAGGUCUAUAUAAAGAAAGCAGCAAAGCCUAUGAGAGAGCCUUGUCUAUUGUUGAAUCAGAGCAAGACAAAGCCCAUAUCUUGACAGCUCUGGCAAUAACAGAGUAUAAACAAGGAAAAAUGGAUGUAGCCAAGACAUUGCUAUUUAAAUGCUCUAUCUUAAAGGAACCAACCACAGAAAGCCUUCAAGCCCUGUGUGCUCUCGGAUUGACAAUGCAGGAUGCUACCCUGUCAAAAGCGGCACUUAAUGAAUUACUGAAGCACAUCAAACAGAAAGACAAUGAUUAUCCAAAGUGCCUUCUUACUUCAGCGAUUUAUGCACUGCAAGGCCGCAGUGUGGCAGUGCAGAGACAAGCAUCUAAAGCUGUUCACAGUAACCCAGCUGAUCCUGCUCUUUGGUCUCUGUUGUCCCGAGUAGUUGCUCAGUAUACUCACCGAAGUGCAAAGGGAGGUGCUAUAGCAGGAAAUGUGGCUCAUAUUUUGGACUCAAAUCAUGGAAAGAAGGCAUUACUGUACACUGCAGUAAAUCAGUUAGCUAUGGGAAGCAGUUCAGAAACUGAAAAAAAUAUUGCACUAAAGACCAUUCAGAAAGCAGCUCUUCUUUCUCCAGGUGAUCCUGCUGUCUGGGCUGGGCUAAUGGCAGCCUGUCAUGCUGAUGAUAAACUGGCUCUAGUGAACAACACUCAGCCAAAGAGAAUGGAUUUGUACUUGGCACUGUUAUCUGCUGUUUCUGCUUCAAUUAAAGACAAAGAAUUCCUUAAGGAUUAUAACCAAUCUCUUGAAAAGUGGUCUCUCUCCCAAGCUGUCACUGGUCUAAUAGACACAGGAAGAAUAUCUGAAGCUGAAGCCCUCUGCACAAAGAAUUUAAAAAGUAACCCUGAUCAGCCAGCUAUUAUCUUACUUUUGAGACAAGUUCAGUGUAAACCACUCCUGGAGUCACAAAACCCUCUCCCAGAUGCUGUCCUUGAAGAGCUGCAAAAAACAGUCAUGUCCAACUCAACUUCUGUUCCAGCUUGGCAGUGGCUGGCACACAUAUAUCAGUCCCAAGGAAUGAUGGGUGCUGCAGAGAUGUGUUAUAGAAAGAGUCUACAAGUAGCAUCCCAACAGGGCAGUUGGAGUGGGAAGCUGUCGAGUCUCUUGAGACUAGCUCUGCUUGCUUUAAAAGCCUGCAUGGCUAAUAUUUCCAAUGAUCACUGGUCAUCUUUGGUUCAAGAAGCUACAACUGAGGCCUUGAAACUUUGCUUUUGUCCAUUGGCUGUCUUUUUACAAGCUUUGUUACAAUUCAACCGCAAAAUGGGGGCAAGAGAGACGCGGCGACUUUUGGAAAGAGUGGUGUAUCAGCCUGGGUAUCCCAAGUCUAUUGUAUCAACUGCACGUUGGUAUCUACUGAGACACUUACAUGCCAAAAAUGACUACGAGCUUAUUGACGUGCUUGUAAACAAUGCCAAAACUCAUGGAGAUACAAGAGCAUUGGAAUUGAAUCAGAAAUUGUCCUCACAGUAACAGUAUGUUAUUUUAUAGUAAGCAAGCAAAGAAAAAGUUAUUAGAAAGAAUCAAUGAAUCAAGACUGUUCCCCAAAGCAACAUUUAAAAAAAACAUAGUUAUAAUCAUCCAUUCCUAUUUUAAAUCUAAAGACAUUUAAGUUCUUAAGCUAGGGAUUUAAUUUUUCAAACACUCGUAAUAUAACUUUAAUUUGAAAAAUAUGUUUGAUUUUGAGAAGCCCGUAAUGAAAGGAAAAAACAUGAUUCCCUUAGGUGUUCAUCAAUAAUUUGUAAACCAUUCUUUUCUCCAUCUUGCAUUGUGCAUAAGAUAUUUUUUGUACCCCUUUACAAUAAAGCGUUUAUAGCCAUUUUCCAAAUAAUAUGCAAAAGCAGAUUAGCACAGUGCAGAAUUUUACUUCUUAAAAAAUAAAGAUGUAAUUUCUUCUAUGAACUCUGGAGUUCAGCAGACCAACUCAUCAUAACAUCUAAAUAAUCUUACAGCCUGUUUUACUAGUGGUUCAUUUCAGAUUCUGUUGAAGAAGUAAUGUAAAUGUUGGUGAGUUUAGACUGCUACUGGAUAUGUUUGUAUAAUUCAAAACACUCCAGGUGUAUGGCUGCAUUAAAAAAAUUAAUGGAAAAUUUUGGAAAAUAAUGCUGACAGUGUUUAAUUGAUCAUGCAGUUUCUUCAAUUAUGACGAAAAGACUUGAACUUUCUGAAAUAAGAAAAAAAAUAGUGUCUUAUUUUCUUUAUAGUAUUAAUAUCAGAUAUAAUUUCUAAGUUUCAAAUUUUAAAACUUGAAAGCACGUUACAUAUUUUAGUUUUUCAAAAAACUUUUAUAUAUCUGAAACAACUGUAUGUUGCUUACUUUGGAUUUGUGGCUUUAAAAAAUAUUUUCAGAUAUUUACAUAUACUAUUGUUGUAUGAAAAUGUGUGGUUGUACAAUUUAUGUAUGCAGUUUUUCUAAAUCAGCUUUAUGGUGUUAUUUUGUGAGAUAAUAUAAAUUUAUUAUAUUCUGUAAUUAAAUUUUGCUCCAAAGGUUAAUCUAUUGAACUAACUAUAAUUUGGUGAAUUCCCAAAUUUGGCUGAAUAUUAUCCUCAUUCAGACCUAUGCAAUCAGAAUCUUUAAGGAUAAGGGCCUAGGACUCUGCAUGAUGAAGGCAUGCCUAAGAGAUUCUAAUGUUCAUUCGGGUUGGUGAACCACUGGAUUAAUCCAAUGAUGAUUAUUCCCUUUACUUUUUUCUUUAAAAGAGUCAAGCACUUGCCAUUCUCUGCCCAUUUCUUCCAUAUCCUCACAACUGUCCAGCUGAUUCAGUUCUUUUGACAGCCUUACCCACAGACUUAGCCAGAGAUGAGCUGCAAAAGGUUGCGUGGGCCUCUCUGGUGCCCGUGCCCUCCUCCUUCCUCCGGCAAGCACUUUAGCCUUUACCCCAGAAUGGCCUGGAUCUAUUUUCUUCAAUGCUUAUGAGUCAGUUCUUGUUUUCCAUCUGCUUUCUGGGGUGUCACUUGCUUCACAAGGUUACUUUCUCCUGCAGUAUGGACUUGGUUAGUCUUUGCUCCAGGCCUGUAGCCAGGGAGUGACCUUUUGACUAAGUUGCCUAGUUCUGGCCUCCGAGAACCUCAGACCCAGGUUUUCUAGAAAGGAAGGUUCGAAAACACAAUAGUUAAUACCAUCUCAGGUAAUUCUUUUUGCAUGGAUGUACACACAUCCUGUCUUUUCUUUGUUCUCUUAAGAUUACUGCCCAGUUACUGUGAGGCUCCAAUCAUAAAUGUAUGAGUUU